GAGCACGGUCUCAGCAGCGCACUAUCAGCGUGAAUUUCUCUCACGUUGGACAUAACUGUGACUAGACGGAUGGACUACACGAUACGACUACGGUUCUGGCUCCCAGCGGCAGUAGAACCCUAACCGGCAUUCGACGAGGACGUAUGACGUGUGCGCAUUUCGUGUUUUCGUAUCGAAGUUCAUACUGUAUAGUCUGGAAGCUCGCGUGCGCGAACUACGGUAGAGGCGGUAUCUAUUCCUGAACGGAAAGGUGAUUGGCGUGUGCUCUCGAGGCGGUUAAUUGUUGGAUGCUGUAUGUAAUUUUUGUAUGCGUUUUGCACACUGCUGGUAGUGCUGAGUUGUGAUGGAUGAUGUUCAAUUGGCAUAUGCUGGAGGGAAUCUAGUUUCGAGUCGCCGUUGGAACGCGUAGAAUUUAUUCGGUGCUUGAUUACAGGUGUGACAAAGAGAAGAAGCAAAAAUAAAAAACGUGAGGGGCAGAAGAAAGAUCCUGAUACAUCCAAUGGUUGUUUGCAGUAGAAGCAUUGCAGCAGCAUCGAAGAAGUGUAAUUGAUUUGUGAAUAAAUAAUCAUUGAUUGGCAGGUUAGCGCGCCGGUAUUUUUAUUCCACCUGGUGUUUUUUUGCUGUGCUGUAUCCUGGAAACGAGAAGAAUUUCGAAGCAGAUCGAAAAGUUAAAGUCAGCGCAUCAACAAGGUGCCAAGGUUCAGCAGUGCUUCAUCGCCAGAAAAUUGAGCCCGCUCCAUUAGUUCCAGGGGAAGAUAAGUGUUGUUCCAAGUGUAAAUCGAAUAAUAACAGUUUGUUGGGCCAGGGCGCGAGUUCUCGAGUUCUCAAGUGCUUUGAAGUGUGGCUCCCUACUCAAUAGGGGGUUGUGGAGCGGCGAAAAAGUUUGUCCAGCAGGAGAUAGCGCUCGACAAAGUGUAUUAUCGCAUCAUCAUCCGCGUAUAGCCAGCGAAACCGUUCAUCAGCAAUUCUGCCGAGUCCUGCUUUCCCGAGAGAGAAAUAUAGAGGAGAAAGGGCUCCUUACAGUGAGAUGUUCACAAUGAAGCUGAGGAUCUGCGUCACGCUUGUGUCAAUUCUGCUACUCGCACUGGCCGUCGAUCCAUCGCUAGCCACCACGCCACAAGCCCGGAGAUGUUACGUUUGCGGCGAGGGAGCGGAUGCCCCCUUCCGGUUAUCUCUGGCCCAGGCAGCAGACGAAUCGUCCUCCUCUCGGCAUCCCCGGCCACUUGGCAGCCUGCCAAACAUUGUGACCACCUGUGAGGACUUCGAACGGGAUCGGAACGAGCUGGACAAAUACGUGCUCGAGUGUCCCCCGGCGUACACCAGCUGUCUGACCCAGGUCGACGGUGAUGUGGAAGUGCGCACUUGCGGGGAAAAUCUCCCCAUUAACGACUGCAAGAGCGCCAAUAAAAUCGACUACUGCUACUGUAGUGUAGAUUUGUGCAACAGCUUGAAGCGAACCCAGAUCCGGCGUGAGAUUGAAGACUCGCAGAUGGGUGGCCUGUCGGAGCAUCUGAGGCAGCACCACAACAGCGACGACGAGGACUUAACCGAAUCGUCCGGCAUGGAAGAUUCCCACGAAAAGCAUCGAACCAUCAGCAGAAAUGAUAACAGCAAUAAUCACCGGGUGAAUCAAAACGGCAGCAACAAUAAUCACCAUCACAGCAACGACAAGAGCUACGAAACGACGCAGGUUGUCAUGACGCUGAAGCCGAUUUCCGGUUCCAGCGAACGGCGGAACUCCAGUAGCGAAGGAGGUGCCGAUUCGAGCGCUAAAAGUGGUAGCAAUUCCCGGUGGUUAGUCGGUUUCAGCAGUACGAGAAACGGUUGGGUCGCUCUGGUGCUAAUUGGUGCCUCGAUGUGGCGGUUUGCCCAGUAGUAAAGGUUUCGCUAGGGAACUAAUCUAAUUUAAUUGGAUGCAAAUUUGUGAUGCUUGUGUGAUUCGGUAGACUUUAACGAUUUGUUUUUAUUGAAGAUUAU